UUCGUCAAAUCGCCAUAGUCUAAUCAUCUUGUUCUCUGCACUUGCAUUUUUUUCAGGUUCAAAUGUAGCUAAUUCGGAAAAAACACAGCCCACUGGCCUUAUUUUUCCCAUAAGGAAAGAUACAGAAACACUCCAAUACUACACUACUUUAAACAUAUCCAAACCAGACAACAGUGUGCAGCUAGUGAUGGCUCUUGGUGACCAGCACACCUGGUUUAACUGUGACGACUUUGAUUUACCGACUUAUAAGUCCAUCAGUUGCAACACAGAAAAAUGUAAAAGGUACAGGGGCUACGAUUGCAUGGACUGCAGUCUUCUGAUCCCUGUCCCGCCACGCUGCAUCAACAACGGAUGUGCUGUCACAUAUGCAAAUCCAUACGCUUUACAAGCUGUCAACAACAGCCUAGCAGAGGAUGCCUUAUUUGUUCAGUCUACGAAUGGUGUAUCAGUCGGAUUAACCUAUAAAUCCCCUCAACCAUUUCCAUUUUCGUGUUCUGAUCUUGUGAGGUACCUGGCCAGUGGAAGCAAAGGUAUGAUAGGCCUUGUCAACACAACUACUUCCUUGCAUGCCCAAAUGUCAAGCCAGUUCAAUUUACCUCAUAAAUUUGCUCUUUGUUUGCCCUCUACAUCCGAACAUUUUCCAGGCCACAUGUUUAUAGGCGGAGGGCCAUACAUAUUUCCACCGUAUUCUAAAAACAUUGCUAAGAAAUUAAUCACCACAAAACUCGUCAGUUACCCUGUCGACACUGACAAAAUUUACACAAUAACAGACCCUUACGACGAAUAUUUUAUAGAUAUUAAAUCUAUCAGCAUUGACAAAAAACUUGUCCCUUUCAAUGCUUCUUUUCUAUCAAUCAACAAAGAUGGCUUCGGGGGUACCACAUUCAGUACUAAAACUCCUUACACAAGCCUACAGACUUCCAUCUACACCGCUUUUAUCAGCGCGUUUUCUGAGGCUGCAGCUCACAGGAAAAUGAAGAGAGUAGAUGGACCUUUUGACCUGUGUUUCAAUGCCACCAGCAUUUCCAGAAGCAAGACAGGACCUGUGGUGCCACACAUUGAUAUCGGUUUCGCAGGGGCCAAGAAUGAUUGGAGGCUUUACGGUGCCAAUUCGAUGGUCUCAGUGAGUGAACAAGUGUUAUGCCUGGCCUUUUAUGAUGGAGGAAAAUAUCCAAGAACUUCAGUUAUCAUUGGAGGGUAUCAACUGGAGAAUUAUCUUAUUGAGUUCGAUCUUGUUUCCUCUGAGGUCGGGAUUAGCUCUUCACUUUUAACUCGAAAUACAACUUGCAGCCAAUCCAGAGCUAUAUGAUUAAUCUCCUAGAAAUAAGUUCUGGUUGGACAGUGUGAGCAAUGCCAUGAACAGAAGUUUGCACUGUCCUAGAUUUGCCGGAGAGUUAAUUUAAAAGAAGUUACUUAUUAUUUUAAUUAAUAAAGUGCAAAUUUAUUCUUAUAAAUUAU